AUGGGUAUCAGAAGGGCCACCGACAGCGUUGCGACCAGCUCCAGUGCAGAAACGGCAGAGCAAGAGCAAACGCGUUCUGAGAGCAAUAAAAGAGUAUUGGAAGCCAUCAGACAACCCAGUACCAUCGUGGGCACGGGCACCAGCAGUGCCAUCCCCUCCAACACGAGCCUCAGUGCGACCCCCAGUGCAACGAAAGCAGAAGAAAAAGAGAUCAAUAUUAAAAGCGAUCCACGAUUAUUGGAGACCUCCUCCACCUUGAUUGCUCGGCAAUGCGAAGAUAAGGAUCAGAAUCCGUAUGCGGGGGGUGAGGAUAGAUACAUGCAGAUGCAAGUGGUCGGGAGAGCAAGAAACGAUACACAUAUUGCUCCUGAAGAAGGGCCAUUUGUAAGUGAAAAUAUAUUGUCAGUUUCAUCAACUUCUACCAUGACGAUGGUGACUGCGUCGUCUACUAGUGCAUCGAUAUCUCAUAACGACUUACCUUCGGAUUCAAGGACGACAAUGACUACUAUAUUAUCAGCCUCAAUCUCUGCACUUGAUAUUCGAAAUCUUGAGAGCGAUUUUGAUCGAUCUUCACAAGCUAGUCUUGUAACUCCAGGCUCUUUAGCUCCUGUUCAAUUUCUCCCAAAUGAAUCUAAUUCAUCCACUCAAGAUGGCCGUGUAGCUCCAGGCUCUCUUCGUAUGAUGGUCGCAACAUUCGCCCGGCCCGUCAGUAAUGAGAUUUCUAACAGAUCAAAUGGAUAUCGACCCUUGCUAUUGGAUAGAAUCAUGGAUUUCGCUGAUGUGGGCUCCCAAACAAACUUGAGAGAAGCAGUAUCAAUUCUCCAACAGCCGAAUGAGGGACGCUCAGACACGGAAGAGGAAGAAGAUAAGGGGUCAGGUUCAAAUUCAAGCUGUGAAUCUCAUGAAGAAAACAGUGAGAAAGACGAGACAUCGUCAAGUGAUGAUGAUUGUCCUGAACCAGGGUCAGUCAAUCGUCGUCAACGGGCACCACAAGAUCGACAAGAUAAAGAAUAUUCGGGAUCUGGGGGAAGUCAUGAUUCGAACCCAGGUAGUGGGAAUAGUAAUGAAGAUAGAGAGCCACCAGAUCAAUCGGAUGUUGUUGCACGAUCCGCGCAAAAGACCAAUGAUAAAAGCAGGAGCACACUCACAAAAUUAGAGGCGGAUAACAAUAUUGAAGAACUUCAUGCCGAUUGCUGGGGCUUGAAUUCCCUCGGGGUAAAAGGACAGAAAAAAAGGAAAAGACGUGGUAAUACCACUUCGGUUUUCUUUGGGGUUGGGUUUAGGGGUUUGAGUCUUGGUGUUGCUGCUUAUGCAUCCAAUGGAGAGAGAAGAAAAUUUGGCGAGAACAGCGAGAAGAAGGCGGAAAUGGAUGAUACUGAUGGUACCGAUGAUGCCGACGACGAAGAUUCUGAUUCUGGUAUGAAUGAUAAGGGUCCUGCUCGUAAAGUUUCAUUUUACGGCUUCGAGAAACUACUUCUGAAUUGGGACAGAUUGGAGUGUUCGAGGAGAGAUUGA